UACUUUUGUGCUGUCGAGUCGGCGUGUACUGCUUAUGUGAUUUAAAAUUACAUAAUAAAAAUACAUCUAGAUUUUAAAUGAUAUUUCUACAGCAAGUCGUGAUCGUGAAUCAUAAAUUUCAUUCAAGCCUGUUGGGGGAAACAAAACAAUAUCAACAGAAUGAUCUCUUUCGCAGUCUUCGUUUUCCUCACACUCUUGUUCACCUUGUCACUGAUAAAACACAUGAGAAAGGGAGGUGCAGAGAAGAAAGUACCCCCAGGGCCAACGAAACUACCCUUCAUCGGCAACCUCCACAACCUUGGAAAGUUGCCACAUCGAUCCCUUCAACGCCUUUCACGCCACCACGGACCCCUCAUGUUCUUGCAGUUAGGUUCAAUACCCACCUUGGUAGUCUCCUCUGCCGAGAUGGCUAAAGAGAUUUUCAAAAACCAUGACCCCGUUUUCUCCGGCAGGCCUCAGUUACGCGCUGCCAACCGCUUGGGAUACGGUUCAGCCGUGAGUUUCUCUCCUUACGGCGAGUACUGGAGAGAGAUGAGGAGGAUCAUGAUCUCGGAGCUGUUGAGUCCGAGGAGGGUUCAAUCGUUUGAAGCUGUGAGAUUGGAAGAGGUGAAGCUUCUGCUUCGCUCCAUAGCUCUUUCUUCUCAUCCUGUGGACUUGAGUGAGUUCACCCUUUCGCUCACUAACAACGUUGUUUGCCGGAUUGCUCUCGGGAAAAGGGACAGGUUCGGAGUAGAAAAUAACACGCUUAGUGAGAUGCUUAAGGAAACGCAGGAGAUGUUGGGAGGGUUCUUUCUGGUUGACUUUUUCCCUCGGUUGCGGUGGCUCGGCAAGUUCUGUGCCAUUGAAAAUAGGCUUGAGAGAAAUUUCAGAGAAAUGGAUAAGUUUUAUGAGCAGGUCAUUAAGGAGCAUGUUGAUAAACAUGAGAGGGAUGAAGCUGAGCAUGAGCAUGAAGAUGUUGUCGAUGUACUUCUUCGAGUUCAGAGGGAUCCAAAUCAACCAAUCGCCAUCACUGAUGACCAAAUCAAGGGUGUACUAGUGGACAUCUUUGUAGCGGGAACCGACACUGCUGCGGCGACAAUGAUAUGGACAAUGAGUGAGUUGAUUAGGAACCCAAAUGCAAUGAAAAGAGCACAAGAAGAAAUAAGACAAGUUUUGAAGGGAAAAGAGAUGGUAGAAGAGGUUGACCUCCCGAGACUCUUGUACUUCAAAUCAGUUGUGAAGGAGGCACUAAGACUCCAUCCACCAGCGCCAUUACUCGUGCCAAGAGAGACCACAGAGGCUUGCACGAUCCAAGGGUUCGAAAUCCCAGCCAAAACGAGGGUCCUUGUGAAUGCAAAGUCAAUAGCAAUGGACCCCACUUGUUGGGAGAAUCCAAAUGAGUUCUUGCCAGAGAGGUUCUUGGAUAGUCCAAUUGACUUCAGAGGACAACACUUUGAGAUGUUGCCAUUUGGGGUUGGCCGAAGAGGCUGUCCCGGAAUGAACUUUGCUAUGCCACUUGUUGAGUUGGUUCUUGCAAAUCUUCUCUAUCGUUUUCACUGGGAGCUGCCUCUUGGGCUUGGAAUUCAAGACUUGAAUAUGGAAGAAGCGAUUGGCAUAACUAUGCAUAAGAGAGAUCAUCUUUGGCUCAAAGCCACCCCUUUCCUCCAGUAGUGCUUUUCUUCUUUUUCUUCAAUGUUCAUUUUUAAAAAUUGGGCAUUUUAUGUUAUAUUUUAAGAAAUUAAUAAAUACAAAAUUGUUAUUGAAAAUUAUGCAUCAGAGCUAUUGAAAUUAAUA